GCUGUCCUAGUUACUUGAGCAAUGCCUCUUCCCUCAACCAGUCCAGUCGCAGCACACCGAGUACGAUCCGCUUCUUCAGCGGUCAGAGCCGAAGGUGUUUGUUUUUUUUAGUUAACGGCCACAUCUGGUUGGACUUUAGUGUUUUAUUGACCGGACUGGACAUUUUGGUCUUGGCUCUGUGGGGCUCCAGUCCUGUCAAGUUUCUCCUCCUGUCAUUCACCGAGCCCUCUGCCGCGCCUGGCGGGAGGAAGGAGACGGCUGACCCCUCGCCAUGUUUCUCUCACUUGUGGUGACGUUGGAGCUGAGGGACUUCCUGGCCAAGGCAAGAGGUGGAGCAGUGCGCCUCAUCAAGGUGCGCAUCCAAGAUGAGCAGCUGGUGCUGGGAGCCUACAGGGAGCCAGAAAAGAGCUGGGAACAGGAUUACGAUCACUUCCUGCUGCCCCUCCUGGACGAGCAGGAGCCCUGCUACGUCCUGUACCGCCUCGACUCCCAGAAUGCACAGGGCUACGAGUGGAUCUUCAUAUCGUGGUCCCCUGAUCAGUCUCCGGUGAAACAAAAGAUGUUGUACGCCGCCACCCGUGCCACAGUGAAGAAGGAGUUCGGCGGUGGCCAUUUGAAGUAUGAGAUGUUCGGCACAGCUGAGGAGGACAUCUGCUUGAUGGGCUACCAGCACCAUGUGUCCUCGUGCUCGGGUCCCGCGCCGCUCACGUUGGCCGAGCAGGAGCUACAGAAGAUCAAAAUGUCAGAGGGCCGAGUUAAACAGGUGAAAACCGAUAUCAGCGUGGAGAGUAAGCACCAGACCCUCCAGGGAGUCGCUUUCCCACUGCAGGAAACAGCCAAGAGAGCCAUGCAGCAACUUGCCCAAAAACGCAUCAACUACAUACAACUGAGGUUGGACGUGGAGAAGGAGACCAUCGAGCUGGUCCACUCCAACCCGACGGAAACCCGGGAUUUGCCCCGCAGGGUUCCCAAAGACGCCGCUAGAUACCACUUCUUCCUCUACAAACACUCCCAUGAAGGAGACUACCUGGAAUCCGUUGUAUUCAUAUACUCCAUGCCUGGAUACAGCUGUAGCAUUAAAGAGCGGAUGUUGUAUUCCACCUGCAAGAGUCGACUACUGGAAGAGGUGGAGAAAGAUUACCAUUUGGAAGUUGCUAAAAAGUUGGAGAUUGAUAACGGAGAUGAGCUGACAGACGAGUUUCUGUACGAUGAGGUCCAUCCCAAGCAGCACGCCCAUAAACAGGCCUUCGCUAAGCCCCGAGGCCCGGCAGGAAAAAGGGGACAUAAGCGCCUCAUUAAAGGGACGGGAGAGACCACACUGCACAGCUAGAGGGGGAUACAUUCCUCUCAAGAGUCGGGUCUGCGGUUCCAGCCCUCUUUCUUUCCCCCGACCCCCCAACACCUCGUCAGGCCCGGGGGAGCGAGCACAUUCUGCCGUCUCCUCUGUUGCCUGUGGACUGAAGCGCCUUUGCUGUAUAACUAAUAUUAUAUAUGUAUAUUAACUAAAGAUCGGACUCCCCCACAGACAAAUACAGGUGCAUGCACAUUUAUACAAAGGUUUAUUGAUAAAGGAAGAGAUGAGCAAAAAGAGUCGGGCUGGAACCAGGGCAGAUGGGCUUGUUAUUGUAAAUCUAAUUUCCCUGUUUCCUCCACGCUCAUGAAAAUAUGUCUGCAGUUUACAAUGUGAUAGAUGUGUAAUGAAUUGUAGAUGCUUAGUCAGACAAUUCAGCCGUCACAUUUGGCCUUCAGUUACAAGUUUUGUACCAAUAAUGUUUGUAAGACAAUGUAAAAGGAAAUUCUAAAUAAAUCCUCUUUAUACUGUGGUAGUA